AUGGGUUUCGGUGCCAAGUGGAGAAAAUGGAUAGAAUCUUGCAUCGGCUCUGCUCACUUCUCCGUCAUUCUUAACGGGUCCUCUAAGGGCUUUUUUAAAAGCUCUAGAGGCCUACGCCAAAGGGACCCCCCCUGUCUCCUCCUCUUCCUUAUUGUUGGCGAGGCGCUCUCCAAAAUGCUGAUCAGAGGGCAGGAACAAGAAUCUUCAGCUCAGUACGUUGAAAAUCUCUACACUGCUCUUCGUUGUUUUGAGGCCGUCUCUGGCCUAAGGAUAAACAUGGAUAAAUCUAAGCUGCUUGGGAUCAAUGUUACUCCAGAAACUCUUCAGUCAUUUGCCAACAUCCUUGGCUGCCAGAUUCAAUCGUUACCUACCUCGUUCGUUGGUUUGCCCCUCUCUGUGAGGACCCCUCAUAAAUCUAUGUGGGAUAAGGUGAUUAGCAAGUUCCAUAAAUAUUUGGCUAUGUGGAAAUGCCGCUACUUUUUCCUGGGAGGUCGGCCGACUCUGAUCAAAGCAGCUCUGACGAACCUUCCUCUGUAUUUCAUGUCGUUGUUCGAGUGCCCGGCCCCGGUUCUAAAGUCUAUUGAUAAAAUCAGAAGAGACUUUUUGUGGUUUGGAAAGGAAAAUCAGAAGAAAUUCCAUCUUCUAUUUGUGCGGAUUUUUGCCAGAAUUUCUCUAUCAGUUGGUGCGUUCCGGAGACGGCCUCUAGUCUUCUCUUCCUGGUAUGGUCUCAUGCUGGAUAAGAAGAGAUCUACUGUCUGGUGCAUGGCCAUUCUCGCGAUCUGGUGGUCCGUCUGGGAAGAAAGAAACGAAAGAUGCUUUAAUGACUCUUCUUCUUCAGUCUCAGCAGUGGGGUCCAGGGCUUAG